UAACCCUCGAUCGUUUCAUGGUUUUGUUUCUCUUGUUCUACGUCAGAAGGCUUCAGACCUUCAAUCUCCAGAUAAAGAUUCUGGAGUCCAAGUCCCAUAAUUUCCACCUGCCAAAGAAACAGCUGGAGAUCACAGGAGUCAUAACCAUACCUAAGUAUUCCCCGCUUGAAUCUAGAAGAUGUAGGUUUGAGGUGCAUCUCUGCUCUGGAUUCCUUGAGCAAAAGUGGGGAAAUUGUGCUCAUCUAUAAUAAUUCCCAUAAUGUGGGAAUGGUCAGUCAUCUGAUAUAUGGGGUUAUAUUUGAAGAUGUGCCCUGUAAAGAUCAAGAAGCCAGUUUUAGAUUUAAAAUGCUCAAUUGCAAUACAUAUCUGGCAAUUCUAGCUAGGAGAUAUUAUUUUGAACACUCACGUAAAGUUCCCAAGGGGUCUGUGUUGGCUUUGUAAAUCUUUGUUAGAUAUGACUUAAUUACCCCAAAAUAGUUUAUUUGAUGCUAAUUACAGCACAUUCAUGUACACACACAUUCCUCUGACUUUUGGUUCACGAUUCAAGCCAUAAACACAAUGCAGGGAUACAACCCAGGGGUCUUUAUGCAGACACUCUUACAUUUACUUCUUGGCAUCUCCAGUUUGAAGAAUGGAUUAGAUAAUGAGAAGGAUUUCUGCAGGUCAAAAGCCUGGGAAAAUGCUGCUAAUAUAGUAGGUGAUGUGAAGUCCAUGGGCAAAUAGCCUGGCCCAGAUCCAAGGCAGUUUCCUGAGCUUGUCUAUCUGUCAGGUUUAUAUCCUGCCUAUGUCUGCUUUGAGAACAUUUCUUCAGCAGCCAGUUUCGGUGACACUAUAUCUCCGAUGGUGUGUUCUCCAAACAUACCAGCACUGGUGUGCUCUAUGGUUCCUGGAGAAAUAGGACCAGAAGGAUGAAUAGAAGCUGGUUUUCAGCUGCAGAAGCCAACAUGUGAUUUUCCUACCCUGCUCUCCCCAAGAUACUCUCAGUACCUGGUGCUCCAACACAGUCGACAAGAUCUGUGGUCACCAAGACAGCACACGGAUUACAUUGGGCUUUAGCAAGCAUCAGUGGUAACAAGGCACCUUGGCCAUCUCCCAGUUCUCAAGUUUGCCCUCCAGGAUGUGGGGCUGUCAACUGAGGCACUUGCUGUGCAGCUUCCACCACCAGCUGAAGAAAGGUUUCAGGAUUCUUCCAGCUUCGACCCACUGGCAUCACACGGUCCCCACAUCACCAAACUGUGCCUGGAAGUUAAAAGAUGGUCACCUAGAGCUGAAAUACAGGGACACUCUCAUGCGCUUCGAUUACAUUUGGCUUCGGGACCACUGCCGCUCACCAUCUUGCUACAACAGCAAGACCAACCAACGCAGUCUGGACACGGCCAGUGUGGAUCUCACGGUCAAGCCGCAGGCUGUGCGAGUCGAUGAGACGACUCUCUUCCUCACCUGGCCAGAUGGCCACGUGACCAAGUAUGGUCUGGAAUGGCUGCUGAGAAACAGCUACGAGGGACAGAAGCAGCAAGUCAUGCAGCCACGUAUCCUUUGGAAUGCCCAGAUUUACCAGGAUGCUCAAGUGCCUUCUGUGGACUACCAGAGUUUCUUGGAAACCAACGAGGGACUGAAAGAAUUCCUGCAGAAUUUCCUGCUGUAUGGGAUUGCUUUUGUAGAAAACGUUCCCCCAACCAAAGAAGACACUGAGAUCUUAGCAGAGAGGAUCAGCUUGAUCAGGGAAACAAUUUAUGGCAGGAUGUGGUAUUUCACCUCUGACUUCUCCCGAGGAGACACAGCUUAUACCAAACUGGCUUUAGAUCGUCAUACAGAUACCACCUACUUCCAGGAACCUUGUGGUGUUGGACUUCAUCCUGAUGCAGCUGCACUAGAGAAUGGAAUUGAACGCAUUCAGCUUAGCAUCCAGGUAUUCCAUUGCCUCCGGCAUGAAGGGACAGGGGGCCGGACGCUGCUAGUGGAUGGUUUCUAUGCAGCAGAACAGGUGCUACAGCGAGCCCCAGAUGACUUUGAACUUCUCACGAAGGUGCCACUGAAGCACGAAUACAUUGAGACCAUGGGAGGCUGCCACAACCACAUGAUUGGGGUUGGGCCUGUCUUGAAUAUCUAUCCUUGGAACAAGGAGCUCUACCUGAUCAGGUACAAUAAUUAUGACCGAGCUGUCAUUAAUACAGUGCCUUAUGACACUGUGCACCGUUGGUACAUUGCACACCGCACACUCACCACUGAGCUGCGGAGGCCCGAGAACGAGCUCUGGGUCAAGCUGAAACCAGGCAAAGCCCUCUUUGUGGACAAUUGGCGAGUGUUGCAUGGCCGAGAGUCUUUCACAGGAUACCGUCAGCUCUGCGGUUGCUACCUCACAAGAGAUGAUGUUCUAAACACUGCCCGUUUCCUUGGACUUCAAGCCUAAUGUGGCUUGGGCUGCUGAUGGUGGGGAACUGCUGAUUCAGGAAUGGGGAGAAAAAAGUGUAUACCUCACAUACCUGGCCUCCUGUCACAAGAGAGAGGAGAGGUCUUCCCAGCAUUACUUGAUAGUCAAACAAAUAGUAACGUCUGCUGCCUUUUUUUCACUCUCCCCAUUCUAGGUUCCCUGACUGGCUUUCCUUGAUUUCCAAAGCCCAGCCAAUUGGCUCAACUCGGGUCAGAUGGAAUCGGGAGCCAUGUAGAGGUCUGCUGUGACACUAAAGGUGCUACGUCUUGUGCCUUUUGCUAUUGAAAGCAGUACUGUCCUCUUUUAGGAGACCUUCCGUGUACAAAAAUGUCAAGGUUUUACUGGACAUAUGUUCUUGGAAAUUGGUAGAGUCUCAAAGAGCCAAUUAAUCUGCAAGACAUGAUUGUUGUUGUUCCAGCCUUUUGAGACUUCCAAAGUACACGGGUACCCAAUGCUUGAAGGUUAAGCCUCUCCAUGCCUCUUCUCUUUGCUGCCUGCUGGUGAUGUUAAACUUGCCAUGUGAUGGGAAAGUUGCUUCAGAAAGCUUUAGAGCAGGAGGAGGGAAGAACACACUCAGAUCUGGGGAGAGAAGACAACAAAGUCCUUAUUUCCCAGCACUGUCAAAAAAUAACACUGAUAACUGUACAACUAAAGCACUGCAUUUUCUGUUCAGCUUCCUCUGUUGUACACUCUUGAUCUUGAUCGUUACUUCAACCUUCUCCAGAAUUGCCUUGCUGCCCUUUCUGUGUUGGGAGGAAGCAGUCUCUGUGGGGUUUUUUCCCACCUGGCGUUUCCUUGCUUUCUGCUCCUUCCUUUGAAGGACCUCUCUUUAUUGACGAUGAGAGGCUGUAUCUCCCAGGACUUGGAAGCUGAAGCUGCCAAACCUUGUCCUAAACUAAAGCUCAAACAGUCGGAAAGAGAGAGAGAGAGAAAAAGAGAGAGAAGGCAUUUGAUUAUUCCUCUUAGCCAGUUCAGUAAAAAUAAUGGCAUGUUUGACCUUGACUCCCCUUCUCAGCAGCACUGUUUCUUCCAGGCCCUUCAGAAGAAAAGCAGGUGGGGCCUUUCUGCUGAAGCUGAGAUGAUUAGCUCAAAGUUCGGAGUGGAGACACUUUUUCCACUAUCUGCUCUUAUCACAAUACCUUUAUGAAAGAGCUCCUUGACUAGGAACUAGGAGUUCUAGAACAUUGCUCUUUCUAGAGCUGGGUGAUGAACAUUAGUUGCCCCCCUGCCAUCUCCAGAGACUCCCGAUCCUACUGCAACUCUUGACAAGAUCCAACAGGGAUGUCCAGAGCUACUAUAGGAAGCAAAAACUGGCCGCUCUGUUGAAGAACAGCACCUACAAGAAACAGCCAAAGCCACAUUUUCCGACCUCAAGCCAAAUAGAAAUAUCUUGCCUUCAUUUUGCAUUGGACUUGGGGCAACAUUUUCAUUAUUAAUAAUGAAGGGUGAGGCCCUUCAUCAGAACUUGGGAUGCAAAUUCAGUGGUUGAGUUUGUCUGCCUGGGCCAAACUUCAAAACUAAUCUGUGCAUGAGUUUAGGAGUGGAAAGGGAUGUUUUAACCACAAGCAAAGAGAGGGUCCAGGUAGACAUGGUGAAAAAUGGAAGAAAUCUUCCUUGAAGAUUGUCAUUGUCAAGCUCAGCCAGCCUUGGUUGAACUCAUUGGCUCUUGCUGGAACAUUUCUGCUAUUUAAGGAAAAGCAACCAUUCUUCCUAUGUCCAGAGUUGAGUAUUUGAUCCCAUUCAGGUAAACAAGCCUUUUUUUCCCCCCCCCUCCUAGAACUAUAUUGAACAUGCAAAGCUGCCAAGGAGGAAACUAGAAAAGAAACCUUAGAGUUCUUUUAUGGCUACCAUUUUCCUUCGUCAGUUUUCUGAUAUUUGUGGCUGUCUUUGUGACCUGAAGGUCUAGAAAGAUACAAUUUAGCUCUCGUUAAACUGCAAAUGCCAUGUUUUGAACUACUGUAUAUCAUUUCAAACCUUAAAUAGGGAAGCAGGAGAGAGAAUGCUUCCCCAAGGAGUCCUACACAACCCCAACCCUACAAAACAUCAGCAAUUUAGGUCUAGCUGAACUUUCUCCCUGAGAUGCUCAUUUUCUUCAGGGAAUAUAUUUUAGGUUUGCAGUGAAGCAAUAUUUAUCUCGUGAGCUCCAAGCUGCUGUCCAAAAUCCUUUUGCCCAGAUAGAGUUUGGCUGCACCUCAGUGAGUUGAUGUUCUCUGCAAGAACUAGAUUUGUAUGUACUUCCCAACUUCCUCACAUUUUGUUUUUGAUUUCAUUUUAACUUGAUUGCUUUAGUAGCACUUUUUGCUCUUAACACUCCUAGGAACUCCUUUUAGUCAUCGUUCAGUUUUUAGCAGCAGAAGAUAUUGCCAAGAGCAGUAUUUGAGGCCAUUUCUAACUGGAUUUUCUUAAUUAUGUAUGAGCUUCAUGACAGCAUAGAAUGCAUCAAAUGUAGAGGUGGUGCAAAUAUGAUCUUUGGGUCAAGGCUACUGGGUCCUAUGUCCACAGCCUUACAGCAUUUCUUAGCCACUGAGUUUCAGGAAUACACCAACUAGCAAGGGUGAAACUUCAGAGAAAGUCUUUGCAAGAAGUGGACCUUGGGUUGUGUUUUCUGUACAUUUUGUAAGGAGAGACGUGGCUUUAUUAUAAGUAGCUAUCUGAGCUUCUAUUCGUCCUAUCCCUCACCUGGCUACUCAUUUGUUGCUCUGGGACAAGUCGUUAUUGUCACCAUUAGCCAUCACGCUCUGUAGUUUUUUUCUGAUACUCUUCUAAUAAAAAAGAUCAGUGAUAUUUCUUUCUGA